AUGGAAGACCACAGGAAGGCUAAUUGCAAUGUCAUUGGGGAACUAAUAAAAUCAAAAUACAUGUCAAUAAAGAGAGUACACACACCACAUGACAUAAUCAAUGACAUGCUAGAUGAUUUUGGUGUUUCAAUGGGGUACCAAAAAGCCUGGAGAGCAAGAGAAAAAGCUUUAGAAUUGGCAAGGGGAAACCAAGAUGAUUCAUACCAAAAACUUCCCAUCUACCUUCACAUGCUAAAAGUCUCGAACCCAGGUACAAUUACACACCUGGUUACAGACAAUACAGAUCACUUCAAAUAUAUGUACCUAGCAUUUGCAAAUUCCAUCAAAGGAUGGCAACACUGUAGGCUAGUCAUUGUGAUAGAUGGAACUUACUUGAAGACAUCAUUUGGGGGAACUUUAUUCACUGCUUCAACAAUGGAUGCUAACAACAACAUAUUCACAUUAGCCUUUGGAAUAGGAGACUCUGAAAAUGAUUCAUCAUGGUUAUGGUUUUUCACAAAGCUAAAGGAGACAUAUGGAGAAAGAGAAGGUAUGGCAAUCAUUUCAGAUAGGCAUAAAAGCAUAGAAAAUGCUAUAGACGAUGUAUACCCAAAAGCUUUCCAUGAAGCAUGCAUAUUCCACCUGUUAAACAACAUCAAAGUCAAUUUUGGUGUCCAUGGGGAGGACCUAAACCUAAACUUUGUCAAAGUAGCAAAGGCAUACAGGGUACAAUCAUUUGAGCACUACAUGCAUGAAAUAGACAAGAUUGACACACACGUAAGACCGUAUUUACAAAAAAUUGGAUAUUCAACUUGGUCUAGAUGCCAUGCUCCAACAAGAAGAUAUACAAUGAUGACAUCAAAUAUAGCUGAAUCAAUAAAUGCUGCAUUGAAAGCUGCAAGAACGCUGCCAAUCACUACAAUGAUGGAGGGCCUUCGAAGUUUAGUUCAAAAAUGGGUAUGGAAAAAUGGUAACGAAGCAAACGGAACAUUCACACAAGUAACAACAUAUACUGAAACUGUGCUUAGAGAAAACUUUAUUCGUGCCAUUAAAUUUCAGGUCUUCCUAGUAAACACUAUACUGUACCAAGUUGUGGUUGAACAGAAAGGAGAUUUUUGGUCAACCUAG